AUGCUCGACUUGCUGUUCAUUACUCUAGGUCAGAUCGCGCGUUGGCCGACUCGCUGGCAUCCAAGCUUCGCACCGAACCGCUCUGUGACUUGUAGGACCAUACUCUGCGCAUCUGUCAUCAGCACCAUCGAAGAGAUGAUAAACCUUCCUGAGGUCUCGCAUCGAUGCGCACAUCACUUGAUUCGACCUAUGCCGAUCUCCUCCGCCACCCCCACAUCGUAA